AUGGAUUACAUACGAGAAUUUGACAUAAGAUUAGACAAGGAAAUGUUUUACGCAGGAGAAAUUCUGGAAGGCCACGUGGUUCUAGACACAAUUGAAAACUUCAAAUUGAAAACCGUUCGAAUCGUCCUCAGGGGCAAGGCCCACGCGGAGUGGCAAGUGUUGGUCAGCGGUGAUCGUUCGGCUAUAAAAGACGAUCAAUACUUCAUCGACAAUCGUUCGUUAAUCUUCGGCAAAGUAGACCGGCAAGAAGGUCCCGCUCCGAUACUGCCUCGCGGAAUUCACCACUUCCCGUUCAAGUUUCAACUUCCUCAGAGCUCUCUGCCUUGUUCGUUCGAGAGCAAGCCCGGAUACGUCAGAUACUACAUCAAGGUCACUCUCGACAUACCGUACGCGUCUCCUCCGCAAGGCAUGAAGUACUUCACCAUCAUAGGACCACACAUUGACUGCAUGGACGAUCAAUAUCUGAAGCCAAUUGGUGCGCUGGAAAAACGGACUAAAUGCUGUUUGUGCUGCAAAAGCAACAGAGUGGUAUUGCAGUGCUUACUUGAAAGGUCGGCGUACGUGUGCGGCGAGGCACUGAGGUUAAAAGCCAACAUAAAAAAUCAAAACGAAAAGGACAUCAGGCUGAAAGUCAGAUUACUGCAGGUUACCAAACAGUUCGCAUGUCCACUUAUACUUUUUCUAAUAAUGGAAAAAUACAUUAUAACAGGCGAUUAUUGA